GUAGUGUUGUGGUGUGUAAGAGAAUAUAUUAGUCAUUGUAUAAACCAUUGAAGAAAGAACAAAUCAUUGGACACUAAAAGUUCUUCCCAAAAAUAUGCGUUUGUUACAAUUCAUUGGAAUAUGCCUGAAAAAAUAUGGCUAACAUCAUGUUCAUCAUCACCUGCAUUUGAUUUAAUUAUUACCUUCCCUCCUAAUUGCCCUUUAUAAUUGCGUAUUUAAAAUACAGCAGCAGGGCUAGUCUUGUGGUCUUCAGUAUUAAGUUUUCCAUAAAUUUUUUUUUUUUUUUCAGAUGCAACACAUACUAACUUAUUUUGUAAUCCAUUCCAUAGUUUUACUGCUCUGUUUAUAAAGUUUUUUCUAGUAUCUUUUAGUACCUCUUUUAUAUAUUAUCUAUGACUGCUUAUGCUGUUUAUAAAUGGUAUUAGGAACUCUUUCAAUAAUUGUUUUAAAUCCUUGUAUAGUCUUACAUGUGGUUGUCAUGACCUGUGUCUUCCUUCUGUCAUGUAUGGUUGCUGUAUCAACUACUUUCAUCCUUCCUAUCUAAAUUAUAUUAAGUUCUGAGAACCAUUUUCUAUUUUUUUUUAGGCAUUUUAUCAGUUUAUUUGCAAUUUUUUUUUUUUUUUUUUUUUUUGCUGUAUAUUUAAAAUUUGGUCUAAUAUGUUUAGGGAAUUCUCUUCACUGCUAUUUCUUUUGUUUUAUUAGCAUAUUGUUUGCUCUUUGUAUAUCAGCCACUUUACUUUCAUUGUGAAAUCUUGAAGAUUCUAUAAAGUUUGUUUUAUUCUUUUAAAGCCUUUAACUAAUGCUGUCCACUAUGGUCCUAUUGCCUUUUUCUUGUCUACCCUCUUCUUUAGACAUUUCAGUAUUUCUUUAGAUAUUCAGUUGGCUGUUUGGGGUUAAAAUCUAUGAGAUCCAAUUUGUCAUUGUUGUGAAGAGACUGGGAACCUCGCCAGUAGUCUCCCCCACACGUCUUCCUCGGAGUGGGUGAUUUUGAUUUCAUUUGCAACUUUUUUGUAGCUUCUCUUUCUCUCUUGGUUUGCUGUUUACAAACGUUCAACAAAAGUUUUGAUUUCAUCUUUGCAGCAUUAAUUAGCCUUGUAGUAUUAUAACUUUUUAAUAAAUAAACAUACAGUAAACAUGAGUAAUCACACAGAAAAGAAUGUAUAUCCUUGUCCAGAAUGUCAAAAAAAGUUUUCUGGAAAAACACCUUUAAAUGCCCACUUGAAAACUCAUACAAGAGAGAAACCAUAUCAGUGCUCAGAGUGCUUGAAGAGCUUUUCAUUAAAGUCAUAUCUAGUGAAACACGCAAGAGUUCAUACUGGUAAGAAACCACAUCAUUGCUCAGAGUGUCUAAAAACCUUUUUGACAAAAUCACAUUUAGAUUCCCACUUACGAGUUCAUUCAGGAGAGAAACCAUAUCAGUGUUCAGAAUGUGUAAAGUCCUUCACACAUAAAUCAAACUUAAUAAAGCACAUGAGAGCUCAUACUGGUGAGAAACUGUACCAGUGUUCAGUGUGUAACAAAGACUUUACUUAUGAAUCAAGUCUAAUAAGCCAUUUCCGAGCUCAUACAGGAGACAAAUAUCAGUGUUCAGUGUGUAAGAAAGACUUUUUCUAUAAAUCAAGUCUAAUAAGUCACUUAAGAGUUCAUACAGGAGAGAAUCUAUAUCGUUGCUCAGUGUGUCUGAAAACCUUUUUAAAAAAAUCAAAACUUAUUACCCACUCUAGAAUUCAUACAAAUGAAAAACCAUACCAGUGUUCAGUGUGUCAGAAAGGCUUUAAUCAGAAAUCAGGUUUAAUAGGUCACUUGGGCAUUCAUACAGGAGAGAAACCACAUCAAUGUUUAGAGUGUUUGAAGACCUUUUUAACAAAAGCACAUCUAGAUACUCACAUGAGAGUUCAUACCGGUGAUAAGCCAUAUCAGUGCUCAGUAUGUCUAAAGGUUUUCUCUAUAAAAUCAAGUCUUGCAAGACACUUGAAAGUUCAUACUGGAGAGAAACCAUACAUCUGUUCAGUUUGUGAGAAAGGUUUUAAUAAUAAAUCCAAUCUAACAAGUCACCAGAGAGUUCAUGCAGGUGAAAAACCACAUCAGUGUUCUCUGUGUCUUAAAGUCUUUUCAAAAAAAGCACAUCUAGAUUCCCACAUGAGAGUUCAUACAGGAGAGAAGCCAUUUCAAUGUUCAGUAUGCCAUAAGGAUUUUUCCCCAUAAAUCAAGUCUAAUAUAUCACAUGGGAGUCCAUACAAGAGAGAGCUCUUAUCAGUGUUCAGUGAAUCAAACAGAUAUUUCUCAGAAAUCGAGUCUAAUAAAGCAGUUUCGAGCUCAUGUCAUAGAGAAAUCAUAUGUCUCCAAGACUUCUGAAAAAUCAGAAAUAAAAAAAUAGUGAAUGCAUCAAAUAUACCAACAUUAAUU